GCCAAUUUGAUCAAUUUGACCAAUUUGACCGUGGUCAAGUUACACUUUUAGCUACUGAUAAUCAAUCAGACCAAUUUGACCACGGUCAAAUCAGCCGAACUGCUGAUAAUCAAUCAGACCAAUUUGACCGCGGUCAAAUCA